UCUCUUUACAUGUCUCUAGCUCGCUCUACCUCUUUACCAGGGCAGCUAAAUCAGAACAUGGACACAACCAAACAUACUUGGUAGGGGGGGCACUGGGGCGUCCUACAGUUGCUGGGACACACACACAAGCGCACACAGCGCACAGGAAAAACCUGGACGAUCCCUUCUGGUUCCAAACACCAAGGAAUUUAGUGGAAUUUGAGGUGAUUUGGAUUUCCUCCGGCGCUGUGCGGCUUCUGGACAACCUGUGAGGAAUAUUCAAUGUUCCUCGUUGCUGAUCCUGUGGGGGCAGACACAUGUUUUGGUGAACGGGUGUCUGAGUGGGAGGAGACCGGGUGAACCAAAGGAGCGACAGAGUGACCGGAAUGAACAAGCAGACAUAAAACCCGGCAGCUGGAGACGUGUGGAGACGGACGGACGAAGCAAUCCAUCCUAUUCUCACCUCUAGCAAUUACCAAAAAUUAAAUUAUGAGAUGUAGUUGACAUGAAAGUAGAACAAAGAACUCCAUUUUUUUAAUGUGAGAUCAGUAAAUGGAGACAAAAAGCAUCUGCAGUAGCCUCUGCCGUGUCUCCUAUGAAGUAAGCAACAAGUAUUCAGACACAAUGGCAGCAAAUUAAAAAUAGCGGCGAGAUAAAAAUGUUAUUUUGAAUUGCUAACAUUCCAAUAACAAACUACCCAGCAAGUCAAAAGCCAGUUGCGUUAUUAAGAGCUCAGUUCCCUCAUACAACAUCUUAGUGGUUGUUUUGAUUUCUUUUUUACGGUGUUGCUUGGUAGCUGAUGAAGUGGAAAGCUGCACGACACACUUUAGGAAGAUGAAAUAGCCUCCAGAUAUAUUCCCUGGAAAGACGUUGUUGACUAUAAGUGCCAUCUAGAACCAUCCGUCGGUUCCUCAAGAGCAGGCGAGAUGUCGAGGCCUCCGUCCUCCCAGACCACCCCUCAGUUCUACAGGGUCAGCGACAGAGACCUGACCGAGAUCGAGCUACAUUCUGUGGAUUCGAUCAACGACCUCCACCGAGUUCACCCCGAACUCAGCCACAAAGGGAUGAGGCCUCCUCGUCCUGCUUACUCUCCCAGCUCGAAUGGCAAUCUCUACACAAGCGACUUGACGGCUGUCAAUCAAAGAGGCCGUCCGAUCAGCUGCAAAUGGCAGAGGGGUCUCCAGGAUUUGCUCACAGCCAGCUCCUCUCACGCCUACGCCAUGGGCUGCGCCAUCGUCACUCUGCUCCUCAUAACUGUAUUACUCAUCUUCUACUUUUUGGUCCAGCAGGGCGGCGCCGUCCGGACGCUGACUGAGGCAGUGAAGGAGAAGCAGGCUGCGGCCACCCAGCUGUCACUGCUGAUCCAGGAGCUGCAGGCGCUGAGACACAACCUGACAGCCAUGAGAGGGGGGACAUGACGUCAUACGUCCAGAAAUGUGGACAACGGAUUUGUCCUAAAUGUUAUCUAUGUUUCAAACUCAUGGCUGAUGAAACCGUGGACGGUUUCUGAAAAACAUUUCCACUCUCUCCUUCAAUGGUAACUGUAUGGAAAUGAGAAUAUCAAAUCAUACACAUUUAUAAUGUUUAGCAAACGGAUGAUUCACCAUUGAUGGUCAUAGUUGUUUAAGUCUCAAGUGUUGCCGUUGUCUUAAGCAAGGAUGUGACACACUCUAAAAAUGUGAUGGACCGCCUGGAAAGCCAGGAUUGUUUUUGAUUGCUAUGUACUUAAAAAUUCACUUUUAUUCACAAUUAUGUGUAAUGAUGUCAUAAUUAUUACAACUUUUUGGGGGGUUUUGCUUAUAAGAGAGGCAGAUUGGGUCUAAGCUAAUUUCAUCAACAUUUCAUGUCCUCAGGCCAAGUCAUUACAUCUUGUUGUAUUUCCUGCUGCAAAGUGCACUCCAGAGAGAAAUGAAAACAACAUAAAUGUUUUGCUGACAAAUAAUGUAAGAAACAAAUAAAUAGUUAAACUCAAA